AUGCAAACCACAACUACCGUUCGUGCCAUCCUUCCACUCAGAUUGUUGAUGAUACUGACUCGCGAGAAACAGACCACCUCUAUCGACCACCUCCUCCGUCCCGCCCAGUUUGACUGGGCGGAUGACGUCGAGGAGGAACUGAGCAUGAAGCGUGACAACUUUGAUUGGGCCGAAGAAGUUGAGCAACAGCUGGCUCAGGACAUGGCGUUCGACAAUGCGAGCAACGACCAGGUCAUCACUGGCUCGGACGAUGAUGACUAUACAAACUACUCAGACUACACUGAGUACAGCGAUGACCUCGAAGAGUCUUUCGCCCCCGCUGAGGAGGACUUCGGUGGCACCGCGGCCUACGGUAGCAGCCAAGACUAUUACUGCGAAACCGAGGCGGCGGUGCUGAACCGACUCGAAGGGCUGCAGGAGGAUCCCGAGCGCCUCCUGCCUGUCCUCCUGUUGGAGGUCCGAAGUCCUCCUGGGGGAGAAGACCUUCGGAAGCUGGCCCUGCGUAAGAGGACUCACCAGCACAUCGACCCCGAUACUUGGUCGAUGGCGUAUGAGCUGAGCGCAUUCAGUUUCGACGACGAGGAGAAGGGGCCCGGAUAUUCUGAACCACGAAAACUGACGUGGAAACCUUCGGUUUCCUCGUUGCGGCGUCAGGCUUUUGUUGAUGAGGAUGAGUCCCGAGGUGCGGAAUCCCCCGAUGAGAGUACUCAACUUGAUGCGGAGAGCUCGCCUGAUCCCCAGGAUGUGGAUCUGGAGUCCUCUCACACAGAGGACGGUAUAGUACUCGAACUGAGGGACCGCGACACCACCAUCAUGUGGGCCUCCGUUCUGCCAAAGGCAGAGCGUUCUCUUUCUCCGCCAGCUGAAAAGGGUCAACGGUCGGUCCGUGGCAAGCUGCUCAAGAUCUGGAAGCGCCUGACGAAGCCGGUUGACAAUAAGUUGCGGAAAAAGCACCCUCCGUGGUGGGGGCCUCGUUGGGGGCCGUGA